AUGGAGUCCGAAACUUUUUCGGACUCCAAAUCCUCAUUACAGACCCUAGAGAAUCCCACUCCAAGGGACAUUAUAGUCGAAAACAUUAAAGGUAUUAUUCAACACAGGAAUUACCGAUUCAACUGGAUCAAGGCUCACUCGGGGGAAGCUGGAAAUGAGGAAGCGGAUGCUCUAGCAAAAGCGGGUACUCUGCUCAGUGGGGUAAAUUUUUACUACUCUAUUGCAAGACCACAGCUUAAUUAUAAACUACGGCAGGUCAGCAGAGAUUUAUGGCAAGAAAGGUGGGACCGUUCAUCAAACGGGAGACAUACCAACAAGUUUUUUUUUCCAAAAGUCAGCGAUAAACUUUUAAAUUGUGACUUUUACAUAAACCAAUUCUAUACCGCCCACGGAGUGUUUGGAGAACACCAAUCGAGAUUUUUUCAGAAAUCAUCUAGCUGCAAAUACUACGGCAAAAGCCAAACGGUUCAACAUCUAAUUGCAGAAUGUCCUACAUUCUCGACACUCCGGGGGAAUCAUAUUAACAUCAGGGAACCAAUCGAAAAGUGGUGCAGAACAAAACAACAGCAACAAAUCAUUAGAGAAAUUAUUAAAAGCACACUAGAAGAUACCAUUACAAUGGACGAUCCGAUGGACCCUAUAUACUUAGGUUGA